UCCGCCUCCAGACCGCUGUGUCUCGGGCCCUAGGGGCUAAAGGAGGAUGCGGGCUCCACGCUGGUGUUACGCCCAGGGCCAGGACCCGGCUGAGACGCGAAACUCCCAGCGGGUCAGGGACUCUCGGGGCUCCGGCCCUGGUGUCCUACCUGGGAGUUGGGGCACCCUGGACGCCACCCAAGCCUCAAUGGCCCGGGCAGGCUGGCUAAUGCCCAGCGGGGCCACCAGGCCGCGCCCGCGACUCCCCGAGGUGCACUGCCGUCCGCCUGGACCCAAACCUGGCCUCCUCUGCCGCCUCGGGAGCCUCGCUGUGACACCGAGACAGCGACAGGCGGCCCUGGGCCCGGGGCAGGAGGGUCCGUGCCGCCUGGCUCGUGCCUGGCUGCCUGCUCGCUGCCCGUGGUCUCCUCUGCUGCGCCCUGGCACAGAUCCGGUCCUGUCCCGGUCCUGUCCCGCGCCCUCUGCGUCUGUCCCGUCUGCGCGUGGCUCCCCGCGUCCCUGCUUUCUGCUCCCUUUUCUCCCUGUGUGCACUGCACUGUCCCUGGGCUCUGCCACCGUCUGUGUGCGAUGUCCCGGCCUACGUCUUUCUCUUUCUGUGCGUCUCUGCCUGUUUCUUCCCCUCCCUGUGUGUGUGUGUGUGUGUGUGUGUGUGUGUGUGCGCGCGCGCGCGUGUGUGUGUGUGUGGUACUGCUAACUGACCCCAGAGCUAUCCACUGAGCCCAUCUCCAGCCCUUUUUUAUUCUUUAUUUUGAGACCUGCUCUCGCUGAGUCACUAAGUUGCCCAGCCAGGGCUUGAACUUGGGGCCCUCCUGCCUCAGCCUCCCAGAGCGCUGGGAUGACAGGUGUGCGCCGCCAUGGCCGCCCGUGACGUUUCGGGUCUGCGUUCACCCUGUAUCUGUGGCCUUCUGCUCUCCCCGCCGCGGCGGGCCUGUCCGGCGGCGGAUGUGAGGGAUGAUUCAGUGGUGACAGGAAGCUGCCGCCUCGCCUGCUGCCCUCCAGAGGCCACAGCGCCGGCUGCUGGAGCAGUGCGGGGAUGGGGCGUCCUCAGUGAGGAGCCAGCUCAGGCAACAACAGUGUUGCAGGCAGGGACAGCGGAGGACAUGGGCCCCGAGGUGGAGCUGCUGUGGCCGGGGUCGGCGCUGCUGCUGCUGCUGCUGCUGCUGCUGGGGGCCGUGGCCGUGGCCGGGCUGUGUGUGCACUGCUCCCGCCCAGGCCCGAAGAGGACAGAGAAAAUCUACGAGCAGAGAAACCUGCAAGAGAGGCAGCAGAGCUUCUCAGUGGCUUCUCGGACCUAUUCCUCGAUCAGGCAGGCAUGGCCGGGACCCCUGACGGACACAGCCCCUGCAGGGAAGGACAAGCUGCUGCACUUCUCCACCCUGCUUGAGGACCCUGCGUCCCCCCGGUACCAGAACUUCAGCAAAGGGAGCAGACGAGAGUCUGACGCCUACAUAGACCCCAUUGCUGCAGACUAUUACAACUGGAGCUGCUCCUGGAAGCCCCUCCAAGAUGAGGACGACACCAACUCCUACGAGAACGUGCUCGUCUGUCAGCCUCGGAGCAGGAGCGCAGAGUCAGCAGGCAGAGAGGAGUCUGGGGACUAUCAGAACUCAGCAUCCAUCCAGCAGUUGCAGGAGUCCCCAUGGGCCCCAGCUCAAUUCACCGGACCUUACAAAAUCAAGGGCAGGGACAAGACUCAGCAGCAGAGCACUUGCCCGGUGCCUGGGUUCCCUGCCCUGCACCUCCAUCCAUCUGUCCAUCCAUCCGUCCAUCAGCAAGAGCCUAAAGGGGCGAAGCCAGGACCUUGCCCAUCAGCCCCCAGCACAGGGCUUUCCUAACUGCUCACCUUGAUGAACUCCAGCUUCAGGUAUUCAGCCAUCUGGAAAGUUUUACACACGCGGAACACAUUGCCAAUGACGUCCUCUGGUGAGUAGCCCAGGUGCCACAGAUGGGCGAGGAUCUGGCCAGAGGGGACACGGGAGCCUAACGCGGUUCAUCUGGACCACCCAUGUGGUUGGGGGUCACCUUAGCCUCAUGCUUCAGGGGACCCGAGGAGCCUACAGCCUGACACUCUCUGGUCCAGUGGGGUCAACUUGUCUCCCAGGGCAGACUCAGCACUGCGAGUGUUUCCGCCGGCCUUUGGGAUGGCCCCUAUGGCGUCAGGCUGUGUCUUCACCUGGGCUCUUUCUUCUUUGGAGUCAGGGUCUAGCUAUGUAGUUCAACCUGGCCUUGAACUUGUGGCGAUUCUCCUGCCUCAGCCUCCUCAGUGCUGGGAUCACAGGCAUGGGCCACUGGACCUGACUCACCUGGUGGUUUUUUGGGUUUUUUUGGUAUCAGAGAUUGAACUCGGGACCUUGCGCUUGCAAGGCAGGUGCCAGAACCACUGAGCUAAAUCCCCGGCCAUCACCUGGUGGUCUUAAAACACUGAAUGUACCCGCCAAAUGCUCGGAGCAGGGGCGGCAGAGUCCUCAUCAAUGGGCCUUGCAGGACUGCAGAGCCAAGUGGCCUGGGCAGCAAAGCCCAGGUCCUGGCCUCCGACCUCACUGCCCUGUCCACACUAGGGGUCUGGAGCCUUGGUCUGGGCAUCUCAGGGUGAAUUCAGGCUCCCCUCAAGGCCACACAGUGAGGGCCCUUGGACCGCGCUCCCUGCCUCAGUCUCCCUGCCUGGAACUCCAGUGCCAUGUCAAGUCAGAUCCCACCGUGGGACUAAGUUAGGCUGGAACCCUCCACCCCUCCUCCCCAGUUGACUUCCGGUGCAGCAAGUCCAGCCCAGAGCUCCCGACCGGAAGGCGAGGCUGGGAGGGAGCGGCUCACCUUGUAGGCCUCAUCGAUGUUGGCACUCACGCAGUGCUGGAGCAUCUCCUUCACCAGCAGGGGGUGGGGCUCAUCACAGACCUGGCCGCAAGGAGAAAGAGGUGCCUGAGGGGUGGAGGCUCCAAGCUCCCAGCCAUCCAUGGCCUCCUUCCCAGCUCGAGUCUCCACCCAGCUCUCCGGCAGGGCGAGAUCUGAGGAAGCCAACCAGAAGUUUCCAGCGCCCUGAUAACGAAUUCCUCAAAGACACAACAAAUGAUCAUAAAGCAACCAGGAGUCAGAAAGGAAUCUUCACUAGGUCACUGAGCAGUCAUGUGCCCAGAACCACGGGGAAUCCAUGUAAGAACCAGGUUGAUCUGGAACCCUGGAGGCAGGAGGAGCGCAAGUUUGAGCCCAACCUGAGCAACUUAGCAAGAUCUUAUAUUAAAAAAUAAAAAAGGACUAGGAAUACAGCUCAGUGUGAUGGCCCAGCAUUCAAUCCCUAGUUCUGGGGGGAAAAAUAGUAGUGCCAUGCUGAGACAGCCCAAGGCCUCCUCACGGGUGUGAUGGGAAACUCGAGCAGGUCAGGCUCCCCGCACCCUCCUGGGGGCAGCACAGCUGAGCACUGUGCCCUUCCUUCAGAAGCCACCCCACUUCUGCCCCAGCCACCGCUGAGGUGGCACAGCCAGGCCACGGCC